AUGAGCGAUAAUGGUCAGAAUGAGACGAAUAAAACAAAGUUACAUUAUAAUGACGAAAACGGACAAACUGGAAAUAUAUCAAAUGGGCUAUUAAACGAUUUCACUAAUUAUUUAAAAAGAAAAAAUGAACCUGAGUAUCCUAAGUUAUAUUUAAAAGAUACUAGGAAUCAAAGCAACGUGAAAAAUCCGAAAAUAAAAAAUGAAGCAUUCAUUGAUUAUGGUUUAUACACACAUAUAAUUGAAAACAUUGUUGAUAUAGAUGAUAAUAAUUUGCCAUAUAUCAAUAAUGAAUAUAAAAGUUAUAUUAAUAGUAAAAACAUAAUUUUAAUAAUAGACAUAUAUGUAUAUAAUUUGUUUUUCCAUUUCAAAUAUAUUAGUAAAAAUAUAAAUAAUUAUUAUUUGUGUUUUAAUAAAAUUGCAUAUCCAUUUCAUUUCAGUUUUCAUAAUAAUAAUACAUGUGAAAAUUGUACUUUAAAAGAGAAUAAUAAUUAUGAAUGUAAACAAAAAAUAAAUAAUGAUAAUGAUGUUAUAGGCCAAACCAAAAAUUGUGAUACCCCCAAAAAAUGCUAUUAUAAUAAAAAAGGAAAAAAUAAAAAUGAAUUUUUGCCUAAAAUUUUAUAUAUGUGGUGUAAAAGAUUAAAAUUGGCAAUAAGUAUUUAUAAUGACAAUAAAAUAAAGCAUAUGAAAAAAAAAGAUCAAUUAAAAAAAAACUCUGAAAACUCCGAACAAGAUAUUUUUAUUUACAAUCAGAAUAGUAGAUAUAGUGUAAAUGAAUGUAUAAAAAAAUUAGAAGAAAUAACUUUUCAUAGCAAAAGUUAUGAUGCUUUUAAAAAUAUUUAUUUCAUUUCUUCAGAUAACAAAUAUGUUUAUUCUAUUUGCAAUAAUAUCUUAAUAAGUAAUAGUAACAAAAGUACGAAAUUAAAAGAAAAGAAUAACCCCAAUUUCAUUCAAAAUUUUUUUGAUGAGGUAAAGACAAAAUGGGAAAAAAAAAAAAACGACAAAAAACAAAAUCUAUUAUCAAAAGAAAAUCAUAUAUAUGACUCAGAAUUAUAUAACACUAAUGUAACUGAUUUAUAUCUAAUUAAUUUAGUAAAAUGUAAAAUUGAAGAAUAUUUUAAAAAUGUGCAAAUAAAAAAAUUUUGGGAUAUAAUAAAUGUGAGGAAUUUAAUUGAAUUUGAUUAUAAGCAAAUAAAUAAAAAAACAAAUAAUAAAAUAGAUAGUAAUGUAAAUAGUAGAAAAUAUAAUGAAUCUAUUUAUGAAUAUAUUCAAAUUAUAAAAAAAACGAAAUGCAAAAAAGAUAUAAAAACAAAUGAAAUUACAAAAAAUUGUUACAAAAUAAAAAGGAAUAUAUCACAUAAUAAUACUACAUCGGAUCAGGUUUUUGAAAAAAAAAAAUUAGAAAAAAAAUACAUCAUUAAAGACAUGUUUAAUAAUACUAUGAAAGAUUAUAAUGUUAAUGAAAUUCAAAUAUAUUUAAGUAAUUAUGAUAAUAUAUUUUUCAAAAUAAUCACAUCUUUUUAUCUUUUAUUAAAUUUCUCUGUCGAAAUUAUGUCUAUACUAUAUGAAGACUUAGAUUUAUAUUCUUAUUAUAUUUUUUCUUUAUAUGAAAAAAUUAAUAAAUAUUUAUAUAAUGAUCAGAAUAAUAUUGAAAACAAUAAUUUUGAUAUUUAUCAAAAAAAAAAAGAUUUAGAUUCAGAUCAAAAUCAUAGCAAAAAAAUAAAUUGCUACAAAACAUAUGGAAUUAUUAAUAAUGGAAAAAAUGAUAAAAUAUACACAAAUUGCAAUUCAUCAAAUGUUCAUAAAAAUAACAAAAAGUAUAAUUUUCUAAUUAAGGUCAAUAAUUAUUUUAACAAUCUUUCGCAUAAAGAUAUAAAAUUUGAUUCUGCCGUUUUUGUUUUAUUAAAAUUGUUUAUAGAAAAUAAAUGUGAUGAAGAACAAAAACGGUGUAAAUUCCUUGACAAUAAUAAUAAUACGAAUUAUGAGCCUAUUUGCAAACGCUUAAAAAUCGAAAAAUAUAAAGAGAUAUUAAAAGAAAUAAAAAUAUUAAUUAACUAUUUAAUAAAUAAAAAUAUAUUAAAGGGAAAGCAUAAUUUAAAUUAUAUAAUAAAUGUGUUUAAUAAAUAUGACAAAAAAAUAAAAGAGUUAAAACAUAGUAACUAUGUUAAUAAUAAAUAUGUGGACAUUUUAAAAAAAAAUUUCCUUUUAUAUUCAUUAAAUUUUUAUGAAUUUGAAUUUUUUUCAAAUAAAUAUAUAGACAAUUAUUUAAAUAUAUUAGACCAAUCAAAAAGUAGUAAAAAAAUUAGAUUAAAAAUUCCAUCAAGAAUAUAUAUAACGAAAGCAUUAAAUAAAUAUGUUGCAUUCCGUAAAAAAAUUUGGGAUAUAAAUAUAAAAUUAUAUGGAAAUUGUUUUUUUAAACCCCAUGUCAUAGAUAAUAAUUAUAUAAUACAUCCAAAUGGCGACAAAAACGGUGGCGAUAAAUUCAAGCAAGUGUUCAUAAAGAUAACCAUGAAAAAGAUAAAAAGAAAACAAAGAAAUAUCUAUUUACGAAAGUUGGCAAACAAAGUAUAUACAAACUUUAAAGUAGCACAUAACAUAUAUACAAGUUUUAAAGAAAGUGGAAAUAAAAAAUUUGAUAAAGAAAUUAACAAGAAAAAACAUAGUUAUCAUAAUGAUAAUGUUUGUGUUAAUGGGGAAGAUGUAAGCUUAUCCAUUGAAUAUCACAAAAAUGGAUUUAUAAAAAAACUAAAUUUGAUAAAGCUUAAACUCAAAAUUUGUAAUAUUAUAAAAAGAAAAAAUAUGAUUUAUAAAAAAGUUAUUAAAAAAAUUAAAGAACGAAAAAAAGCAAUUAAAAAAAGCAAAUUGAAAAAUUCUGAAAUAUAUUAUAAUAAAUUUGUAGACUUAUUUAAAAAUUUAAAAAAUCAAGAUAUAACAAUUAGAAAUAGUUUGUAUAAUAUGGUAUCUAAUAUAAAUGAGCAUCUAAAUAUAUAUUAUUCAAAUAUAUGUCAUUGUGCUCAAUCUGAUAUUUUUGGGAAUAAAGAUGUUGAACAUUUUAUGAAGAAAAAACUUGAAAUAUUAAAGGAUGGUAUACAUUUAUAUUUUACACAUGAAAAUAUUUUUGAAUUUGAUAAAAAUUAUUUGAAUUCUCAAAAUCAAACAAAUUUAAAUAACGAAGAAAAUGACAACUGUAAUUAUAGAAAUAUAAAUCCAAAUUCUAUGAAUGGUAAUGAUAUAUUUACAGAUAUAUGUGAAAAUAAUGUAACAAAUAAUUCAGAAAUUAAAUUGUCUAAUACUAGCAAUUAUUCUUCUUUAUUAUUUUUGAAUACGAAUAAAAAUAUUAAAAAAAACAACUUUAGAGAAUUGGAAAGAAUUGAAUUCCCUUUUUCACAUUCAUUCAAUGAUACAAAGUUACAAUCCUGUACAAAAUGCCAUUCUAAAUUGGAUACAAAUAUAUUAAGGAAAAAAAAAAAAUUACUUUACAACCUUUUUAAUCUACAAAAUUAUUAUAAAAAAAAAAAGAGAAAAACAAAUUAUUUAGCAUAUGAUAUAAAUAUUUUAAAGGAGUAUUUAUAUAUAUAUUUAAAAAAAUAUUUUGAUGAUAUUAUUGUUUUAUUUGAAUAUUUUUAUUUUUAUUUUUCAAAUAACACUAUUCAUUCUGAAUAUACUGAUGGAAAUGCAAAUAACAUAAACGAUUCUGCUUACACGAAAAUAGAUAAUGAAAAUAAAAACCGAAAGCACAAAGUAUGUUUUUAUAACAUAUUUAAUAGCAAAUGUGAUGAAAAGAAUGAACAUGGUGUUGGAAUUUAUAGUGAAGAAAAUAUAUAUAGUAAAAGAUCAAUUGGAAAGGAAAUAAAUAAUCAAGAUAAUGAAAAAAAUGACGAUUUAAUUUAUGAAUAUUUUUUUUUAUGUAGUUAUGAUAAUUUUAAUAAUGGUAGUGACUUGGAUAAUAUGAAUAUAAAAGAUAAAAAUAAAUAUUCAAAACAUUAUAUUAAUUAUAUUUUUACAAAAAAGUUGAGAUUAUUUAUAAAAAAUGAUUUAAUACAAUUUAUUAAUAGAAAUAUAAAUUUGAUAAAUAAUAAUAUAAAUUUAAAAAUUAUAAGUAUUAAACGGCUAUUUGGCACGGUAUUAAAUAAUAUCAAAUUGUCUAAUUCUACUAACAGCUUAUUUAUAUAUCAAAUAUUAUAUAGUAUGAUAAUAAAAUAUGCAAAAUAUAAUCAAAAUAAAAUAAUAAAAAAAAAUAUAAUGAAUAAAUUAUAUACAUGGGAAUGGAGUCAUGAUGCUAAUGGUGACAUUGAAAAAAAAAUAUCCUUUUUAAAAAAAAAAAAAAAAUAUUUACAAAAGUUUGGAUUAGAUUUAGCUAGCUUAUCAAAAGAUGUAAUUGUUUUUUUAAAAUAUAUCACAACAUUUGAUUCAACAAAAUUGGAUUAUUCAAAUAUGGAUAAUGAUGAUAAAAAUAAUGUGCAUAUACAGAAAGAAAUACCAUCAGAAGGCAUUUCAUAUAAAAAUAAUAUAAAAAAAAAAAGAUAUAGUAAUUAUCAAAUAGAAAAUACAACCAACUCUUUUUAUAUAAAUAACAAUGAUCAAUUGGAUGAAUAUAAUAUUAACGACUUAUCUUUAAAUUCAUUUUUUUGUAGUUUAUCUAAUUGUAGAGAUAUAAUAUAUUUAAAAACUGUUUUUCACAAAAUGAUUAAAAAAAAAAAAAAAAAUAUAAUAACAAUAACAGAAACACCAGAAUCUAUUAUAAAAUGGAAUAAAAACAAAUGCAAGCAUGUUAAUAAGACAAAAGAUGAUGAAGAAUAUUUUGAACAAUUUUCACAUAUUUAUGAAAUAAUUAAACAAAAAUCUUUAAAAAAAUAUGAUAAUUUAAAAUUAUUUAUAACAAUAGAUAAGAAAAAAAGAACUAGAAAAAGGAAAUUAGAUUAUGAUGAAAAUUUAAUGUCAACAAAUUUUUAUAAUGAUAACACAAAUAUAAUGAUAAAAAAAGUUAAAAAAUAUAUUAUAAAAUUUAUAGAUGAUAAUAAAUAUGUUUUUCCUUAUAUAUUUAACACAUUUGAUAAUAGUACAAAUUAUGAAUUAAAUAGUUAUGAUAUUAUUAAUUUAAAUAAUAAUUUUAUUUUUUUUCAUUAUAUUAAUAAUAAAUCUGAAUAUUCAUUUAAAAAUUCUAUUUUAAAUUAUAUCUAUGGAUAUCCUAUCUUAAAUGUGUAUACAAAAAAUGAAGAUUUUCAAAGCUAUUAUAUUAAAGAUAUUUCAAAUAAUCAUAGAACUAAUAACAAUAUUUAUUUUGAUCAAAAAGAAAAGGGAGUUGAUAAAUCUGAAAUAUAUCAAGAAUGUCAUAAUAAAUAUAAAACGAAAAAUUGUAAUGAUAAUAUUGAACCAAAUAUAUACAAAGAAAUAUUUAACCAAGAAAUUAUAUCCACAUUAGAUAAACAAAAUGUUAAUGUUAAUAAAAAAAUGAGUUUAUAUUCUCAAAAUAAUAAUUAUAAGAUUCAAAAUUUUAGGGCACCUUCAUUCCAAAAUAAAAAUUGUGAUGAUAAAUAUUAUAAUAAACAAAAUAAAAAAUAUGAUGAAAGGCAUAUAGAACGAUUACAAAAAAUUCGACAAAAAAAUCAGAGAAAAAACCUAAUAAAUAUAUUUAAUAAUGUAAAAAUAUUUAACAAAAUUCCUUUAAAAUAUAUCCAUUUAUGUGUUAUUUCUGAUAUAUUUAAAUGUUUAAAUUUACAUCACAUUAUUCAAGAUAUUGUUAAAAAUUUGUAUAUUGAAAAAUUGAAGGAAAUUCAAGAAAAAUUUUUUUCUUCAAAAAAUAAUAAUAGUAAUUUAUCAAAUAUUUUGAUUUGCUUCCUUUUUUAUUUUUAUUCCUAUUUAGAUAUUAUACUUGGAAUUAGAGAUGGAAAUUUUAUUAAUUUAACAAAUUUUAACAAUUUCAAUAUUUUUAACAAUUUUAAUGAUAUAUUAUUAAAAGGACAUAAUCAAACAAAUGAAGGAAAUAAUGCUUAUAUGAAAGAUAGUAAUAAUAAAAACAAAAAUAAAGAAAAUUAUUAUGAAAAAAGUUUUAGUGAAGAUAUAGAAAAUAUAAAAGAAAGCUACAUAUAUUUAGACAACGAAUUAAGUCAUAGAAAUAACUAUUUAUGGAUAUUAAAAAGAAAAGAAAAAAAUGUUUUAUCUAUUCCAUGUGUAGAUGAAAUAUAUUUAAAGCUUCGAAGUGAUAAAAAAGUGAAAAAUAGUUAUCAAACAUUUUCUACUAAUUUUGUACAGUUUUUAAAUUUAUAUUUAGAUUAUAAUUAUUCCUUUUUAAAUAGUGCAAAAUAUAUAGACGAAAAUAAAUCACAACUUUAUUUGUUUGUCCAAAAUGAAGAUACUCAAAAUAAUAAAGAUUUAGAAAAAGUUUAUGAUAUUAAUUCAGUUUCUAAUUGUGAUAAUAAUUUUUUUGACAAUUUUUUAAGAGAUAACAAUAAAACAUACAUGCCAAUCAACGCAUAUGAUGAAGAAAAUGAAAAUAUUAAAACGGAUAUUUCAAUAAGCAAUAUAUUUAAAAAUAUAAAAUAUAAGAAUGUUUUGUAUAAUUAUUCUAAUAUUAGUAUUAAUCUUGUAGAAAGUGAUUUUGAAAAUUAUAACAGUUCUUUAUUUUUAUCAAAAAUAAAUUUGAUUAAUUCUAUGAAAUAUUGCGAAAAAAAUAUUUGUUGUUUAAAAAAUUAUGAACUUAUUAAAGAGGAUGUAGAAAAAAAUAAAGAUUUUAUUUAUUCUGAAUCUAAUACAUUGAAUAAUAUAAAUGAUAUAUGUAGUAAUAAAUUGAUGGAAAGAAUCAAAUUAAUACUUGAUAUAUUACGAACCCAAUUAAAUGGAAUAUUAGACAAAAAAAAAAAAUGUAUUAUUAAUUCAUUAACAAGUUGUAAAGUUAAUAAAACUGGAUUAGAAGAUAUCAAAUUUGCAUAUUAUUUAAUUCAUUUAUUUGAUUUUGAACAAAAACAAGCAAAUAUAUCAGAUAUAUAUAUAUAUAAAAAUAUAUACUAUUCAUUAAUAGAAAGCUUAUUUACUAAAAAUAGUAAUAAUACGAAUAGUAUAAAUUGUGAACAAAUUAUUUAUAUAAUAUUUAAUUUGAUAAAAAUUACAAGAAUAAUAAAAAUAAAAAAUAAACAAAUUCGAAAAUUGUUUAAAUUACUCCAAAAAUAUUUACAAAAUUUUCCGGAUUUUUUUUCUCAAAUUUUUAAUAAAAUCUUUCUUUUUAUAUAUCAAGACACCAAAUUUGAAAAUAAAUUAUUUUUAAAAAAAUAUUUGAAUGUAUAUUUUAACGAUAAAAGAAUUAUACUUGAUAUAUUAAAUCAUAUUAUAACUUCUGCACGAAAUAAAAAAGCUACUAAAUCCUUAUAUAACAAUAAAGACAGGGCAUACAAUAAGAAAACUAUUCAUGAAAAUUUUGAUAAUAGUUCUACAUUUUAUGAUAAAAACAACGAGUGUAUAUAUAAUGGUAAAAGACAAGAAGAAAGCAAAAACAUGAGUGAUAAUGAUAAUAAUAAAAAUGAUAUGCUUAACAAGUGGGUAAAUGCUUUUCCUUUAACAGGUAUACAACAUAAUAAUAAUCGAAAAAAUCGAAAAAAAAACCGAAACCCCAAAAAAAAAAACUUUUCACAUUUCAAUUAUGAAAUAAUUAAAAAAGUAUUUUUAAAAUGCAAAAAUAUUUAUUCUAGUGAUACUAAUAGUUCAAGUAAUGGAAAUAUAUUUAAAAUUAAAAAUAUAAAAAAUCAAAAUUAUAAGCAAUAUGAAGAAGAAAAAAAAAAAAAUAUUUUUGAAAAAAUUAAAAAAAACAAAGUACCAUUAGCUAUGUCAAAAGGCAAAUAUGAAGGCAAUCAUUUUAUCUUUUCAAAUGAUAUGCAAAUAAAAUGGGAAAAAAAUACAAAUGAAAAUAUUCAUAAUAAAAAACAUGAUAAAAACAAAAAAAACAUGUUAAAAAAUAAAAAAUUUGGAGAUUAUAGUUCUGAUGAUUUUAUAAAUAAUAUAUUUAUUCAAUAUAAUAAAAAUGAAAAAAUAGACAAACAGAUAAGCAUGGUCAAUGUUAAUAAUUAUGGACUUUUAUAUUAUAAUAAAUGUCAUGAUAAAUAUGAAAGUAGCGAUUCAUCCUUAAGUAACUACACAUCUGAUACUUUAUCUUAUUAUUCUACAAAUAGUUCCAACAAUAAAGAUAAAUUUGUUUUUGAUAUGAAUGAUAUAAAUAUUGAUAAUUCUGGUAAACUACUAUCUCGUUUAAGUACUAUAGAUUUAAAAGGAAUAAAGCAAAAUGAAGAAAUAAAAUAUUAUGAAACAAACGAUUAUUCAUUAUAUGAUAAUAUAAAUAAAGACAAAACUAACGACCCUACAUGUAAUCAUAAAAACAAUGAUAAUUAUAGUAGUAGUGAAGAAAGUAUUUGUAACAAUAAUAAAAAAAAUGAUUAUUUUUAUAAUUUUUUAAAUUCGAAUAAAAAGGAUAAUUCUUUUUGUUUUAUAAAAUAUAAAUCAUACCAUGAGUUUAAUAAUAAAAAAAGACGAAAAAUAAAAAAAUAUAAAAGAAAAGAAAAAAAAGAAAAAAAAAAGAAAACUGCAGUCAUGUAUAUGCCAUUAUAUAUUAGUAUAGUUGGUGGAUUAGAUUUUUUUUUAUAUAAAUAUUAUAACUAUAUUUGUGAAACAUAUAUUAAUCCUUAUUUUUACAUCAAUACAUAUUAUUUUGAAAAAUAUAUUCGAAAAAAAUAUAAAAAUUUAAGAAAAAAAGACAAUUAUUUAGUAUACGAUUUUUAUUAUUAUAACUAUAUGUUUUUAAACAAAUUUACCACAUUUGAUAGUUUCAAUUCUAUAAAAGAUAAAAAAGUGGAAAUAAAUAAAUAUAUCAAAUUUUUUAAUUUCAAAAUCAAUGAUAAACACCCCCCAGAUCUCAUAUAUAUGGAAAUUGAAAAAUACCCAUACAUAAAUAAUAGUGGAAAAUGUAACAAUUACAUUCCUAUAUAUGAUAAUAUGCAAAAUGAAAACAUGCUCAUAUCUUAUAAUGGAAAGAAAAACGAAUUAGAUGAUUUAAUUAUUCCAGAAAAAAAAAAUAUGAGUAAUAUUAGAUUAGUAGGUAUGGAAAAGCCUGAAGAAGAAAAAAAUUCAAACAUUCGAAAUAUUUCUAGAAGUAUAAAUACAGAAAAUAAUGGCAGAUAUAUGAACUCAUAUAAUACAAAUAAAAAUGGUAGUAUAGAAUUUAAUUCCAAUUUAAACCAAGUAAAUAAUAUAUUCAAAUUAGUAGAUGAUAAUUUUUUUUAUACAGAAAAUAGUCUAAGUAGUGAUGAUGAAGAAGAUAGAACCCGAAAAAAAAAUAUUAACGAUAUUCACAUAUUUAAAAGAAAUUUAUUUAUUAUAGAAUAUUUUGAAAAUUAUUUUAAUUUUUCUUUGCUUACACAUAUGAGAAAUAUAUUAUUAGAUAUGUUUGAAAACUAUAAUUUAAAUUUGGCAUAUAUAAAUAAAUAUAUUUUAAUAAAUGAAAAAAAUGAUAAAACAAAAGAUCCAUAUUUAGAUAUGAGCAUAAUGCCACCAAACUUUUCUAACCCAAAACCUAAAUAUUAUAAAAAUGUAUGCCCAGAAUGGAGUUUUGUAAAAUUGAAUAGUUCAAGAUUAAAUAAAAUUAAAGAAAUAAAUUAUAAUAAUAGUAUAAAUAUUAUUGAAAGUCAAAAUGAUUCAUACUAUAACAAUGCAUUAAAAAUAUUUUUUUAUGAUUUGCCCAUACAAAUUUCAAUGACAAUAUUAAAUCCUGAAUAUUGGAAAUUUGAAUCUUUAAAAGAAGAUCAAACACUAACACAUAUAAUACCUGAAUGUGUGCAAAAUUACUUAAAUAUAAUUAAUAAUAUAUAUCAAAAAUACAAUGUAGAUAAAUAUUUAAUUUUUUUAUAUGAUUUAUGUUAUAUAGAUUUAAAUAUUAAUGAUUAUAUGUACACAUUUAAAUUACCUGAUGGCUUAUUUUUUUUAUUUUUAUCUAAUAUAGAAAAUAAUGCCAUUGAUGUAUAUAAAAAUACCUUAUUUUUAAAAAAUACAAAAAAAGAAAGUAACAAUGAAAAAAGACAUAAUAAUAUAAGAUAUAAUUACGAUUACAUAUUUAUAUCUUCAAAUUAUAAACAUAAAGAAAAUAAGACACUUCAUAUAAUUAUCAAUGAUAAUAUAAUUUUGUACGAUUUUCAUAUUAUUCAAAAUCAUCAAAGUUUUAAUGCACCCACAAAAAAAAAACGAGAUAAGUUCCAAACGGGGCAAGAAUGGGAAACGACAGAAGGUGCAGAAAAAAUAGAAACAAGUUUCAUAUAUAAUAAAACGAAAAAAAACACAAAAGAUUGUCAAUUAAUAAAACUAGAAAAUGGAAAAAAUACAGAAAAAAACGAGCAUAUGUUCUUAAGUAUUACAGAAAAUAAUUUUUUAAAAAAAAACAAAAUAAUUGAAAUAAAAGAUUUGGAGAAAAAUAAAAAAGAAGAAUAUUCUAUAACAAAUGUGGAGGAAAACAAAAAUGGGGAAUUUGUAGACGAAGUUAAAAUUGAAAAAAUGAAUAAAUGUUUUAACUCAAAAGAUUGGGGUGUAAAAUGUGGCAAUAAUAACAAUAAUAAUAAUGAUGGAAAUAAGAUGCUACUUUUCAAAAAUAAAAACCCAAUAAAUAAACAAAUUUCAAGGGAAAAUAUUUACUACAAUUUAAAAUUUUUAAAAGAUUUUCAAGAAAAAGAAAUUGAAAAAAUAAAAAAUAUACAAAAUAUUAAUGAUAUAUAUAUAAAGAUGUUUUUUACUGAAGAAUAUUUAAUUCAAAAUACUCAAUUCUCAGAAAAAUAUAUCAAAGAAAUGGUAAAAAAAUUAAAUCGUGAUAAAUUUUUACAAAAAAACACAUUCAAAGUUAUGAACAAACAAAAUAACAAAACUACACAAUUUACAGUUUAUUGUAUAAUUGAUUUUGAUACAAAUCUGGAUGAAAAUAAAAUCAAAAAUAUAUCAGACCCAAAUCAAAAAUCUAUAAAAGUGGAAACACAGUUACAAACAUGGAAAACCGAUUCAUUUAACAAUCAUAUCCAAACAAAAGACAAUAACGUAUAUCCUCAUGAUAUAAUACAAGGCGAAGAAAAUGGUAAUUCAAUAAUAAUAGAAACAAAAAAAAUGAAUAAUCAUACAAUUCAUAGUUUUAGUAAUAACUCUUUUAAAAUAAACGAAAAUUGUAUAAUUGAAAAAGAGCAACUUGUAUCCUUACUUACAAAUGAUACAUGUCUUAAUGAUUAUAUUUCGUCGCAAAAUAAUGAAAAUAAAAUUGAUAUUCAUAAUAUAAAUAAAAAUUUUGAUAAUGAUGAUGUUGAAAAUAUUAAUAUGAUAGAUAUAAAAAAUAUUUAUAACAAAAAAAAAAGUGAAAAUAGUACUAGUAUUUUCAAUAAAUAUUAUAUGAAUAGUAACCGAAAUGAGAGUAAUGAGUAUUUUAUAAAUAGAAAAAUAAAAGGAAGUAAAGAAAAAGGGCAUAUAAAUAGAUUACAUAUAAAAAUAGGCAAAAUUGUUAAAAACAAUGAAAAAAUAAAGAAAGAUGAAAAAAAUAUUAAUAAAUUAAAUAAAAUAAACAAGCUUUCAAAUGAUCAAAAUAUAUUAGUUAAUAACUUAGUUCCGUAUAUUAGUAGAAGUAGUAUGGAUAAGGAUAAAAUAGACAUAGAUAAUGAUUUAAUACUAGGCAACACAAAUGGAAUCAACGAGCCCGUGGAUUACUUCUUAGAUGACGUUGCUACAGAUGAUGAUGAAGAAAAGGAAAUAAAAAGAAGGAAGACAUUUGAUAAUUUAAAUUUGGAAGGGUCUUAUGAAUUUUAUGAAAGUGAAAUAUUAAAAAUAACAAAAAACCGAAUGAAUAAAAUGAUGUCUGAACCAGGAAAAAAUAUAUCAACUCCACUUUUUUUGAUUGUAAAUAAUUUAAAUAAAACUUUACAAGAAAUGAAAUUAAAAACUGCAUCACAACCUGAGGUUUUAGCAAUUUUAAAUAUUAUGCUUAAAAAAAAUAAAAUAACAAGAGUAGGGGGGAAUUGGCAACCUAUAUAG